AUGGUUUCGGCAACAAGCCCGGGGCCGGGCCAUGGAAGCCCCAAGCCCAACGCCUCUCCUCGAACUUCGUCGCCGCAAGCCUCGGAGCGCAAUGACACCCGAAAAGGACCCAUGCCGAAGAUGCUGUCAGGGGGGAAGGGGAGCAAUCUGCAGGAGGCGCGAAACAAUCUUUUGGAAACGGAAUUUAAGCUCAAACACUUCGGUCUGCUGGGUGUGCUAGCAUGGAUCCUGCUCCUACACGUUGCUGGGAUUUACUUCUUCACCAAAGGUUUCCUUCUGACGCGGACGGUUCUCGAAAAUAAGUCGUCUUGCGACCUGCUUCCGUUCGACGGUGCGCUACCAAAUGCAAAGGCGGGCAAGGGAGGCGAUGGAUGCUGGCACCAGAAAUCUUUCGACAAGGCUAUUGUCAUCAUCAUCGAUGCUCUGCGGUACGACUUUACGGUCCCGUUCGCCCCGAGCCCGGAGAGUGAGGAAGCAAAUUUGUUCCACGAUAAUAUCCCCGUUCUGCAUGAAACAGCUGUCAACACACCGGAGAACGCUUUCUUGCUACCUUUCAUAGCCGAUCCCCCCACCACAACGCUGCAGCGCCUGAAGGGCCUUACGACCGGGACUCUGCCGACUUUCGUGGACGCUGGCUCAAAUUUCGCUGGGACGGCAAUUGAUGAAGACAACAUCGUCGCACAGCUUCGCGCCGCCGGCAAGAACCUGGUUCAGCUCGGCGAUGACACAUGGCACUCUAUUUUCCCGGGUUACUUCGACGCCAACCUUACCAGGCCGUUUGACUCGUUCAAUGUGUGGGAUCUGCAUACUGUUGACAAUGGCGUGAAUGAGAAUUUGUUCCCUCUCUUAAACCCGGCAAACUCUACCAAGUGGGACGUUGUUUUCGGUCAUUACUUGGGCGUCGACCAUGCCGGCCAUCGCUACGGCCCGGACCAUCCGGCCAUGGCUGCCAAGCUCAGACAGAUGGAUCAAGUCAUCCGGGAGCUCAUUGCUAAGAUUGACGACAACACCCUUUUGGUAGUGAUGGGAGAUCACGGAAUGGACUCGAAAGGCGAUCACGGAGGCGAAUCAAACGAUGAAGUAGAUGCGGCCCUAUGGAUGUAUUCGAAGCAAAAGAAGUUUGGCCGCACGAGCCCGGACACUGCCCUACCGCCAAAGUACGCGCGAGAACGGUUUGUCCCGCAGAUCGAUCUUGUUCCGACGCUCUCGCUUCUCCUUGGUAUGCCGAUUCCCUUCAACAACUUGGGUUCCCCGAUUGAAGAGGCUUUCGCUGGACCUGGCGGAAAUGACUGGAAGAAUCUUUUGACCGUCAACCGCCUGACUUCCGCCCAAAUCAAACGGUAUCAGCAUGAAUAUGCGCUGUCUCGGGGAGCCAACGAUGGCCAAGAAUUCCUUUCACUGAAACUCUGGGAAACUGCGGAAGCUGAGUGGAAAAACCUCCCGAGAUUUGGCAAGUCAAAUGAGGGCACAUUGCGUCCUGUCUACGAUUCUUUCAGGCUCUACCAGCGAAGCACUCUUGACAUCUGCCGCAGCCUUUGGGCCAAGUUUGAUGUACCGAGUAUGAUCCAGGGUGUUUCAAUACUCUUCGGGGGAAUAGUCUUGCUUGUGUUUUAUGCGCGAGGCUUGAAAGUGGAUCGGACAGAGCUUACCAAUUCUUUGCUAUCAUCCGCUGGAGUUGGCUCUGCGGUUGGUGCUGUUAUAGGUGCAUGUGUGGCCGUCUCAGGCGUGAUGGAAACCCCGUUGGUCGAGGCGUCAGCCCUGUUCGCUGCUGCAGGAAGCAUCGCUAGUGCUUCGUGGUCAAUGUUCAUUAAACCGGAGCGCUUGGUGCUUCCCCUACCUAACUCUUUGUGGGGAUGGCUCGCUGUCAUCUUUACCGUCUCCCAGUCAGUUGGUUUUGCAUCUAACUCAUACACCAUAUGGGAGGAUGAGAUUCUUCUCUUUUUCCUCUCCACUUUUGGUGUGCUUGCCGGUGUGUCAUCCAUGCGGCAGAAGUCAACCACCGACAGGGUCUUGGGUGUUUACCAUUCAAUUCUCUUCAUCGUCCUCGGAAGAAUUGCCUCGUUGUCUCGCCUUUGUCGUGAGGAACAGAUGCCGUUUUGCCGCUCGACAUACUACGCCUCCUCUACCUCCUCCACUUCUGCUCCUUGGCACCUUGCCAUCCCAUUUAUCGUCACGCUGGUUCUCCCCACAGUCGUGAAGUCCUUCUACGUGGGAUCGAAGUCCUACGAAGGUGCGGCCUCUCUGUGGAUUGGGGUUGGCUUCCGGUUGGGCCUCUUUGUUACCUCCGUUUUCUGGGUCCUGGAGGACGCAGACGAUGGUGAGUGGCUUUCACUGAGCAAAGAGACCCUGAAGUCGAUUAGAGUAUUUGUCGCACAGCUUGUUCUGGCUCUUGCAUUCGCAGCUGGAACGACUGCGUACAUUUACUCGAAGCCGUGCAUCAGCAUCAGCAUCACCAAAGGCAACUCUGAAUCCGACACGCAAGCUGCCCCCACGCCUGCACAGCAACAGCCAAGGACCACCGUCACAAUCCUGGGCUUUGGCAACGUUUACGGAACGCGGUUCUUCCUCCUCGUCGUUAACUUCUGUUUAGGCAUUGCUCUCCUGCAAAAGCCCAUGGGACAAGGCGCCAUUGGCUUGCUCCUCUGGCAGAUCCUUUCGCUGCUUGAAAUCCUCGACACGAACGCACUGGUCAUGGGCAACUCGGCCAUCGGUCCCAUUGUCCUCGCCCUUCUCGGCUCUUUCUACUACUUCAAGACCGGCCACCAAGCAGUCCUCAGCAGCAUCCAAUGGAAGACGGCCUUCAUCCCGCUCUCAUCUGUCAAAUACCCCUGGUCCCCCAUCCUCGUGGUCCUGAACACCUUCGGUGCGCAGAUCCUCACCGCCGUCGCCGUUCCUCUCACUGUCCUCUGGAAGCGGCCCCUACAACUCACCGACCAGUCCGGGUCCCCCUCGAAAGCCUCCAACCCUGCCAUCAAGAUCCUCUCCAGCGUCAUCCAAGCGGCUUGCACCUACCUCCUCUACUUCGCCACCAUCAACCUGGCCACCACCAUGUGGGCUGGUCACCUCCGUCGCCAUCUCAUGCUCUACCGCAUCUUUUGCCCCCGUUUCAUGAUGGGUGCAGCCGUUCUCGGUGUCGUGGACAUCGUCCUCAUCUUAUUCUCCGUGGCCGGCGUCCGGUUCAGCACCCUGAGCGUUGGUGAAAUCUUCGGAUGGUAA